AUGGGAGUGUGUGUCAUGUGGAUGAUCUACUUUUCUGCCACCGGGCCCUACAGGUUUCCUGAUAUGCUGAUACUGAAGUAUGCUGGUAACCAACGUAACCUGUUUGUGGACCCUGAGUCUCGCUGCCUGGACAUCAUUACUGAGUAUUCCAAAAACAGAGAGGGCAAUCCAAUGUGCAAGACCCUGGACAAGGUCACCUCAGACCACCUUUUCUACUACAUCAUAGUUGCACGUAACAUGCUGAAGCACGCCGUGGGGACCGAGUAUGCUGAUAUGAAACGGGACCUGUUCAACGAGACCAACGGUGCUGCUGAGGAGUCGUUGCUCAACGGCUACCUGGCUAGGUC